GCUCAUUCCACCGCAGCUUCAUGCACCAAACCGUGAGUGCAAUUUGAAGGGCUGUCAGAAGAAGAGCUGCAAUUGAGGAGACGGAGAGCACGGAGUCUCAUUAGCGCGAAACAGCAGUUGUGAGGAUCGAGCAUUAGGGCACUUGUGCGCGUUCGUCUGAACCCUCGUGCCCGUCUCAGUGCAGCCCCGCUCAACACUCGAGCCAAACCGUAUAUUCUCCUAUCUUGGUCUGAAGUAGCCAUGGCCCCUCUUGGCCUGUCGCUUGAUCAAGCGCUGACACUACCUGGACUGACACAGCAGCCUUGUCAGCCGCGGCGAAGGCGCUGCACAUGCGCCGCGUCUCAAACUGUCCACGCAGGCGGCUUUCCCACCUCUCGCCCGCCCAACUCCUCUCGGACGGCACGCGACGGCGCGCGCACAAGGAGUCGUUCCGCGCGCCAAGAUCCUAACCAUGGCGCUCGCAGCAGCAGCGGCGAUCUGCCACGCCUCUCCAGGACGUUUCAGCCUCGCGCAUCGCGGUCUCCGCUCCCGGAGUCCAACGAUGCUCCAACGUCUCUUGCUCCCUCUGCUUUCUCACCCCCGUCAUCCCAUGUACCCUCUCCUCCUCCCGCUUCUGCUCCAGCAGCGGCUGUAGCUCCUACGGCUACGGCUGCACUCAUAGCAGCUAUAGUUUCGGGCCUGGCUAACCCCGCACCAGCUGCGGCUGAGGCUUCGGCAGCGCCAACCCUCCUGCGGCUCCUGACCGAUGCCGCAGGAGGUGUAACGUCAGGCGUGGCUUCCAGUACUCAGGCGAUUCAGGCCAUUCACUUGCCUGACGCUGCUGCUGCUGCCACCGCUGCGGCAGACCAGGCGAAUUCUUUCGCCGCAGCUGUAGCCAGCUGGGUCCAGACUAUCGUAGAGCAAUCUCCGAUUGAUGCCGCAACUGCCGCCGCAUCCGCCGCUGCUAGCGGACCAGCCAGUGCAAUUCAGGCGGGAGCUGAUCUUGGCCGUGCGUUUCAGGAGCAGGGACAGGCUGGGGCGGCGGCAGUGCAGCAAGCCCUGGCGGCAGCUGCCGGGGGGGUGGGUCAGGCGGGCGCGUCAGCAGGUGCUGCCGUGAGCGCGCUGUCAGGAUCCGCGGGGUCGGUAGGGACUACUCUUGCAGGCUCGCCUGGGCUGUCGCGGCUCGGUGAGGCUUCCUCUGCGCUAUUGCAGAGCUCGGACCAUCUCACGUCGUCGUUGCGCGUGUCCGUCGACUCCGCCUUAGCGCAGGCCUCCGCCGAUCCCGCCUUUCUCCCUACCGCCGCUGCCCGCCUCGCAACCUACCUCGCCUCUUCCCUCGCCUCCUCCGCCUCCUCCCUCGUCUCCUCCUUCUCCUCCCAACCUGUCGUCGCGCCGACAGCGGCGGCGAUCGCGGCGGGCCUCGCGGCACUGCUCGUGAAGGCGGUGGUGGAAGCGGUGGGCGACGCGCGGGAGAAGGGCCGGGAGAUUCCGUCCACGUACGACCCGGAGGCCAUCGCGGCGUAUUUCAAGCUGCGCCCCGCGCGGGUGGUUGCGCGCGCGGUGUGGGUGGCGGCGCAGUGCUCGGAAGUACUGGCGGGGCUGGCCCUGGACUACGCGCGCGGGGAGGUGAAGCAGAACGAGGGGCUGCGCGCGCAGCAGACCAUGGAGCUAAUCACGCGGCUAGGCCCCACUGCGAUUAAGAUAGGCCAGGCGCUAAGCAUUCGCCCGGACAUCAUGCCUCCCGCGUACAUCGAUCAGCUCCAGACCCUGCAGGAUCGCGUCCCCUCCUUCCCCUCCGCCGACGCGCGCCGCAUCAUCUCAGACGAUCUCGGCCGUCCGGCGGAGGAGGUAUUCGACGGCUUGGAUAAGCCCGUGGCGGCUGCGUCCUUGGGGCAAGUGUACCGCGCGCGCGUGCGCGCAUCGGGGGAGGUGGUGGCGGUGAAGGUGCAGCGGCCCGAGGUGCGCGAGGACAUCUGCUGCGACCUGCUGCUGUUGCGCACGCUGGCGCAGGUGGCGUCCGCGCUCCCCGGCGUGCACACGGACCUGGCGGAAGUGUUGGACUCGUUCUCCACACGCUUCUGGGACGAGCUCGACUACCAGAAAGAGGGCGCCAAUGCCACGCGGUUCAGAGAGGACAUGCAGCGGUUGCGCAACGUGGUCGUGCCGCGUGUACUCACGGACCUCACCAGCACUCGGGUGCUAACAACUGAGUGGGUGCAGGGCGAGAAGCUCUCGGACGCACAGACGGCUGACGUCAGCAGCCUGGUAACCCUAGCGCUCAACUGUUACCUGAUCCAGCUGCUCGAGACAGGCUUCCUGCACGCGGACCCGCACCCGGGGAACCUUCUGAGAACCGCGGAUGGCAAGCUGUGCAUCCUGGACUUCGGGUUCAUGACCGAGGUCACGGAGCCGCAGCGCUACGCCCUGGUGUCGUACAUCACGCACCUGCUCAGUGCGGAUUACGAGCGCGUGGCGCAGGACCUGGUGGUGCUGGGCUUCGUGCCGCCUGACCUGGUGGACGAGGAGAAGACGCGGUCCGUGGUGCCGCAGCUGGCGCGCGUCAUGUCGCAGAUCACGCAGGGGGGCGGGGCGCGCAACAUCAACUUCGGGCAGGUGGCGGAGGACCUGUCGUCCAUGGCGCAGGACUACGUGUUUGUCAUUCCCAGCUACUUUGCGCUCAUCUUGCGCGCCUUCGGCACACUCGAGGGGAUCGGGCUGGACCGGGAUCCGAGCUAUUCGACGCUGCAGGAGUGCUACCCGUACAUUGCCAAGCGCCUGCUCACUGACGACUCCCCACGGGCCCGAGCAGUGCUGCGGGACUUCCUGUACGGGUCGGGCGAGCGGCUGGACGUGGCGCGGGUGGAGGAGCUCACGCAGAACUUCCUCUCCUUCCGCCACCUCAUGGCCACGCCGCCCUCCGCCUCGCCGCACCUCGAUGCCGUUGCUGUCGACGCCAUCGCCUCUGCUGCCGCCGCUGGCGCUGCUGGUGCUGAUGGGUCAGCUGAUGCCGCGAGCACUGGCGACUUCAGACCCGUGGCUGCUGCUGUGGCUGGGGCAGGGAGGAGAGAGAGUGGUGUGGCAGUGCAGGGAGCAGCAGCUGGAGGGGGUGUGUGGGGGGGGGUGGACGAGGGCGUGGGGGUAGUGGAUCCAGUGGCGUGGGAGGUGGUGCAGACGGUGCUGGCGCCAGAGGGCAGCUACGUGCAGGAGCUCGUGCUCACUGAGAUGGCGCGAACAGUGGACGCCAUGUCUCGGGAGGCCCUAGCGGCGCUCUGGUCCGCCCUGGUCGCCCGCACACUGCUCCCGGUGCCAGCACAGUUGCAGCAACCGGGCACGUACCCGCUGCCCUUGGUCAUCCCGGGGGCGGUGCUGGGCAUGGUGAGCGGGGACUGGCGCACUGCCAGCCUGUCGGACGACGAUGUAGAGGCGCUGGGCACACUGAGGCGCCUGUGGACGCUGCUGGCCCCGCAGCUCAGGAGCAUGGAGCCCGUUGGGGGGCCCUCCUCGCCCACAGAGGCGCUGUCUUUCUUCCGGGAUGCGGCGCCGCUGAUAGUGAGCAUCGUACCGGGCGCCGCCACCACGGCCACACGCUUCCUGGCGAUGCUGCUGCAGCGGCAGUCGCUGCGCCUAGCAGAUGACUUGGACGGGGGAGACUCUGUGCAGCAGUGGGAGGCGGACCCCUACUCGCUCGCACGCUCCAUCCGCCCCUUCUGGAUGCCCCCGGCUAGGUCUUGAGAGGUGUGGCGGAGGGUGCUGGAGCAGCGGCCCGUUGGGCGCCGGGCUGCUGCUGCGGCUGAUGCGGGAGUCUGGUGGCAUGCGAGAGAGGGAAGGAAGCAGUGCAGGGGGGGGGAGAUAGAGCUGGUUUUUUCCCAUUCAGCUGGUAUGCCCUGCCCCCCUGCUUUAGUUGGGCUAGGGAGCACUUGGCAGCAGCACAGCUUGGAUUGUGAAUCGCGACACAGUAUGGUGAGAGGAAGUACAGAUUAGUAAGGCAGAGUUUUGUAGCAGCGUGUGCUUGUAUCUGUCCAUAUGUAUUAACGGGCUCUGAUCCUUGCUUUUACAGAGAAGAAAUGAAUGUCCGCAUUUAGG